GAUCACAAAUACAAAAACAAAAAAAAUUGCAACGUCGUCGCAGAAUGUUUACCUUAUCUGCCGUGUGAAUGAUCAGGACUGGUGCUAAAAUCUGUUCUUCUUUGUAUGUUUUUUUCACCAGAGAAUUCCACUCACAUGGGCUUUGUCAGCCCGUCGGGCAAGUUAACCUACACGUAUGUUGUUUUACUUGCUCAUAAAUUUUCACUAGCCCAAUGGAAAUGUUUUUUUAAAACUGAUUUUGGACUGGCUUUUUCAAUUUCAUUAUUUCAACUGUAACUGCAAAGUCUUGCUGUCAUUUUUAACUUUAACAGGUCCAGAUGCGUGUCACGUCAUCGAGACUGAAAAGAGUGUACAUGUAGUUCUCAAUUGUUUUUACGAGUCAGAUGUGAACAAUUUGUCACCUGCUCACUCAAGUUGAAAGACGUGGAUAGCAACGAGAGAGAAUUUAACGUACAUGUAGCAAGGCCAUAUCAAGAAUGAAGCCAUUUUAGCGGAAAAAGCCCACGAUCAAAUUGGGGUAACGGCAUCGAAGCGCAGCGUGACAAGCCAAAGAGACGGAGCCAAUGUGUUCAGCUACACAGUUUGAAUUUUGAUUGGGUGAGUUUCUUCCUAGGCCUAUGGGGUGUAGGCCUCCUCGUGCGAGGGUGUGAUAACACUGCGGCACAGUCUGUGCUGUGGCCAUAUCAUCCCGGUGCCAGCCAUGGCAUCAAGAGCGUCAGAGAGAUGGCCACUUGUACCAUAUCCUUGUCUGUACAUCGAUGCAUCAUGGAAAGAUGUUCUGUCUUCUCUUUACUACCUCACGGAACACGACGACAAGAGGGACAACAUCAAAGCCGACAUACGACACAUCUGGAAUUCUGGUAACCCUGACGACCAUCCCACUAACCACCUCAUCUUGCCAUGCUUGUCUGUCCGCUCAGCCUUUGACUUGUUCCUUCGGGUGAAGAGAUACCCUCCUGGCUCCGAGAUCCUGAUGACGGCAGUCAACAUCCCUCAGAUGUUUCACAUUGCCCAGCACCACGGCCUGCGCGUUGUACCGCUGGACAUCAGCAUCGACACGCUGGCCCCUAAGGUGGAUUCCCUGGAGUCGCUCAUCAACGAGAACACGGUAGCGGUGGUUAUCGCCCACCUGUAUGGCCGCUGGUCGGACAUUGACGACAUCAUCAACGUCUGCCUCAGUCACAACCUCACCGUCUUGGAGGACUGCGCCGAAGUUUUCUGCGGACUCAAGAAACUCGGACACCCAAAGGCGGAUAUCUCUUUUUUCAGUUUUGGCGCGAUCAAGCCCAGCACUGCCUUUGGGGGAGCUGUGGCUAGAGUGAAGGAUCCCGCAUUAUUCAACCAAAUGGAAGGACUGUAUCACAGAUACCCUGUCCAGAGCAGAGCCACGUACAUCAAGAAAAUCCUUCAGGUCGUAGUCGGGAUGGUGGCGCUCAACACUCCGACACUCAUGAGGCUCCUUCUGCCCAUUCUCCGAGCAGCCGGUGUUGAUCACAAGGAGGCUGUGGUGUCCAUACUGAGGGGGUUCCCCACCGACUUUGUUAAUGGAAUACGUCAGCAGCCGUCAACUGCACUACUUAAAAUGAUGCUGAAGAGAUUUCAGGGUUUUAACGAGGCCGAUUGCCAAGAAGGCACAGAGAAGUGUGACUUUGUCAGCGUGCGUCUUCCCCAGAGCGCACAGCACGUCGGUAUGGACGUUGAGACCAGAAGCUAUUGGCUUUUCCCCAUACUUGUGCAUGAGCCAGACAAAGUACUGAAGGAGUUGAACCGGAGAGGAGUGGAUGCCUAUCGGGGCGCGACCCAGCUAAUCUGCUUCGAUUCGCAGCUCGCGGGUCCCGCUGCUACCGACCCGCUCCAGCCCGGCCAGGCAAUAUCAAUCCCUCCGGACGAAGCACGCUACCUCAUGGAUCACGUGAUCUACUUGCCUGUGCAUAAACGAGUGCCGUAUCACUACCUGGAGAAGAUCUGUCUUGCCGUGGAAGUCGUCCUGCGGGAGGAGACGACCUCACAGCCAUCCACAAAGACAAUGCAAGUCAGUGGUAAGCCAGUGAUUUUAAGCAAUGGACAUGUGAAAGUUGAGAGUAAAUUGUGAGACACAAAGGUUGCCAAUUAAACCUAAAUAUUGUUAAUCUAUCAAAUCUAACUCCAAAAUUUGCAUAUUGUCUACAUUUUGAAAUUUCUACGUUUUGAAGCAACUUUUGAGGCCAACUUCUACUGAAAUGAAAAUAUUUUCAGAGAAAGGUUUACUGAAAUGAGAAGUAUGGCUCCUACCAUAAUUAGUACAUUUAAUAUGGAAAUAUAUUCGUGUGUUACAAGUCAUUUUCUGCCAAGAUCACUUCUGAUCUUUUUUGGGAUGCAGCACACACAACAAAGUGCGAUUAAAUUCUGUCACAUGGGCAGAAUGCCUGACUUUGCAGUGGGUUCUUUGCAGACGCGCGCGAGUCAUCACUGCAUACUCGGUGUUCUUUUGUCACUGAUCUUUUGUCACUCGCUGACACCAAAUAAAUCACAACACUUCAUAUUUCAAAAGCAAGUCCAGUGAUUGGACAUUGCUAUCAGGGCAUUUUGCAUGUAACAAAAAAAAGCACAGUUUGAGUCAUCGGUUUUUGUAUUGAAUGUUUUGCUUUGCAGUGAUGGAUAUUUAAAAAACAUCGUAUACUUUGUGUUUUCUGAAAGCUUUUGAAGAAGAAAAAAAAUGACAUCCUUGGCUAAGAUCUCAGCCCCCAAUCUUUCGCUCACUAGCGCAUACAUCUUACCACUGAGCUUGCCGGGUUGGGCAUCUUUUGAGUCGGAUGAGAAGCAGGCACUGUGCCACACAUUUCAAUAAAAACAAGUCAUCAAUCCUCUUUUCUGUGGAACGCUAAGACUUUGAUGGGAAAUAUGUAAACGUAUACAGUCAGAAGUGCCCUCUGGAACCAGUUAGGCAAGGGAACCAAGCAUUGCAUUCCUGGUUCCGUUUUAUUGGUUCUAGUACCCAGAACUGACUUGCUAAAAUUCCAAUGUAGUUCCAAUUCCAAUUCCAACUGUCCUUCACUUUAGUUCUAUGAGUGUAUACAGUGUAUGCUGGUUUCCCCUGCUUUCAAUUUUUUAGUCAAAUUUGCAGAUGGUUGGCACUUUCGUUUAGCAUUUUAAAAUCCUUUCUUAAAAAUCUCAGUUUUCUUUCACCAAAGUCCCAGGCUGUUGCUGUUGGGUUCUCAACUACUUGUAAAUGCUGAGUUGUCAGACAAAUGGCUAUUUUAAUUAAUGCCUGUUUACAGUAGAAUUUUCUUUUGUUCAGAAAUAUUGAGUUCCUUUUUUUUGUGGGUAGCCACCUAGUGCAUGAAAUGAUAAUUGUCUGUAACGAUUGGCAAAAGUGGGCAUUUUAUUAUACUUGCGCUGUUUGAAGAGGUAACGUCAUAUUGUGUUGUUGUGGUAGGGAUCUUCAUUUGUACAGGGUGUUAUUUUUACUUUGCAACACGCAGUGUGUUCAAAGUGUGGUUUUUACACUCCAUCCAUGUGCGUGCAUGCAGUUGGCCGACCUGCACUGGACAGAAAGUGGCAAAAGAAUGGUCUGGAAAUUGAAAUUUCACCGAUGAGACAUACAUGUAUGCUGUGCAAUGCUGGUACUGUUUUACAUAUCAAUUAUUAAUCAGAUACGUAGCCAAAAUGCUUCUUUUCGGGGGUGUAGGUUUUUAUAAAUGCUGAGUGCCGUGUUUUUUUUUUCAUUUCACAUUGUGUGAUCUGCCCCAAAAGAUCUGAAAUACAGACAAACUUCACAGUUCAAAUUCAUGCACUGAAAUAUUUGGAAUGGCAAUUUUUGUAUAUCUGAAAUAGUUAAAUGUAUAUGGUAUAUCAAAGUAACUGACAAUUUUAUGUCCAAAAAAAUUGUAUUUCCCAAAAAUGUUUAUUCUUAAUGCGAACUAAUAUUGAGUUUUUUUUCUAAUGGUUACUAUACUGUAAAUUUAUCAUGCAGCAAUAUUUAUCACAGAUUUAGUUUCCUUUAAUUUUGUUUUAAAUGCACUCUCUGUAUUUUGUGCCUGAAGUCUUUGCAGUGUUAUGCAAUUUGCUUUGGAUAGUGCUAGUUUUUAUUCAGUACAGUUGCUUUCAAACUAGCAAUUGUCUUUGCAAUGUUCAAAGAGUCCAUGCGACGAAUUUCUCUUCGACAUUCUUUUACGCACCUGUAACCCCCUCUCCCCUUUAGUGCAUGUACUUGACAACUUCUGGAAUAAAAGAACGCUAUUUCACGAUUGCCCAGCUUUUCUAGACAACUGAGGGCGCUAUCGCCCCAUGUCAGUGAAGGAAGGCACUGUUCAGUAACUAGGGUUUUCUUUUCAGAUUCUGCACCCGAACGUUGCUCCUUGAAAUUUUUUUUAGAAACGAUUGCUUGUAGAACAAUGAAUCACAAAAGAAAAGAAAAUUUAGGGUUGCCAAAUCUACCAAUUUCUUGCAGCUUUUGUGCACAAAUCAAUGCAACGUGGAGAUGAUCUCCCAGGGAUGACAACACAGUUUUGAUUAUGAAUAUGCAAAUUUGUGCCAGCGUAAAAAAACUCCAGAAAAGUCGCCAAAACAUCUUUUAAAAUAGCAAAAAAAAAUUGAAAAUAAGGUGAGUUGUUACUCAUCAGCGAGGGGUGUCACUGUUUUUUUAUUCCCCACCCCAAUUUUAUUCAUUUUUAAUUUUGUAAUGAACUUUCUGUAAUACACGCAAUUUAAAUAAGUAUAUGCAAAAAGGAAAAAAACUUUUAUAAAAACAGGUAACGUUAGAUUUGCUAAACCGUGGGUAAAUCUUUAUGGCCACUUUCAAAAUGUUUAUUUUCACAUUUUUGGAAUAGUAUCCCCCUGCCAUUUAGUAUCUUCAUUUUAUCAGCAGCGAAAUAACAUCAACAAUAAGAGGGCGUUUAUACACAAUGGACUUUUUUAUCCCAUUUUACCCAAUGUGUUACGUCUUAUUGAGCAUGGGAGCCAGUCCGGUAUUUAGUGAGGAUAGUAACACAGUUUUUAUUGUGAUUAGAAAUCUGACUACCAAAAGCUAUGCAUUGUUUAAAAAUGCCGAAAAACACAACCAUGUUUGAAUUCAGUUAUGACAGUUUCUCCAAACCGGUGGCUGGUUGUAAGUCGAAAUGCGUGCAUUUUUACUCAAAGUACUUAGUUAGCAUAGCUUCAGAAUUCAAGUUGUCGCUUUUUGCUGUAGAUUAGCGUUUCGUCCAGGGCAUAAUUGGGUAUAAUGUUCAGAAAUUUGCCACAAAUAUUUAUGAUUUAUAUUACUACAAAAAUUUAUUAUUUAUAUUAUUUAAGGUUUUAUUCCAUAUAAUUUUCAUUCUGAUAAAAGUUUAAUACCGUGAAUGUUUCUUUCGAUAUAUAUAAUCGAGUUUUAACAGGUGCAUACAAGAGACAAGUCAUUUGAAUGACAAAAUUGUUAUUAUUAAUGCCAACAUACAAUUUCCACUUGAUCAUGAUGCCUUACAUGGCGACGGAUCGCAAAGAUUCAUUUACAUUCACGGGGAUGGAGGGAUAUUCAUUAAUAAACCAUUUUGACUAAUGAUCCCUUUUGUCUGAUUAGUUGACAGUUUUGUCUCUGAAGGCCUUGAAUUCGUUGUUGGCAAAUCAACUGUACGAUUUGGUAACAUAUUGAAGUUUCUAUAAAUUCUGGGAAUUAAA